AGCGCCGAGGCUGCCUGACUGGAAUGAGGGUAGCUGCGGCGACUGCGGCGGCGGGAGCGGGGCCGGCCAUGGCGGUGUGGACGCGGGCCACCAAAGCGGGGCUGGUGGAGCUGCUCCUGAGGGAGCGCUGGGUCCGAGUGGUGGCCGAGCUGAGCGGGGAGAGCCUGAGCCUGACGGGCGACGCCGCGGCGGCUGAGCCUGAACCCGCUCUCGGGCCCGCGGCGGCCGCCUUCAACGGCCUCCCGAACGGCGGCAGCGCGGGCGACUCACUGCCUGGGAGCCCGAGCCGCGGCCUGGGCCCCCCGAGCCCACCCGCGCCGCCGCGGGGCCCGGCGGGCGAGGCGGGCGCGUCACCGCCCGUGCGCCGGGUGCGGGUGGUGAAGCAGGAGGCGGGCGGCCUGGGCAUCAGCAUCAAGGGCGGCCGCGAGAACCGGAUGCCGAUUCUCAUCUCCAAGAUCUUCCCGGGACUGGCGGCCGACCAGAGCCGGGCGCUGCGGCUGGGCGACGCCAUCCUGUCGGUGAACGGCACCGACCUGCGCCAGGCCACCCACGACCAGGCCGUGCAGGCGCUGAAGCGCGCGGGCAAGGAGGUGCUGCUGGAGGUUAAAUUCAUCCGAGAAGUAACGCCAUAUAUCAAGAAGCCAUCGUUAGUAUCAGAUCUGCCAUGGGAAGGCACAGCUCCCCAGUCACCAAGCUUUAGUGGCAGUGAGGACUCCGGUUCUCCAAAACACCAGAACAGCACCAAGGACAGGAAGGUCAUCCCUCUCAAAAUGUGCUUUGCUGCUAGAAACCUAAGCAUGCCGGACCUGGAAAACAGAUUGAUAGAGCUACAUUCUCCUGAUAGCAGGAACACGUUGAUCCUACGUUGCAAGGAUACAGCCACAGCACACUCCUGGUUCGUAGCUAUCCACACCAACAUAAUGGCUCUCCUCCCACAGGUGUUGGCUGAACUCAAUGCCAUGCUUGGUGCAACCAGUACAGCAGGAGGCAGCAAGGAGGUUAAGCACAUUGCCUGGCUGGCAGAACAGGCAAAACUAGAUGGUGGAAGACAACAGUGGAGACCUGUCCUCAUGGCUGUGACUGAGAAGGAUUUGCUGCUUUAUGACUGUAUGCCGUGGACAAGGGAUGCCUGGGCAUCACCGUGUCAUAGCUACCCUCUUGUUGCCACAAGGUUGGUUCAUUCUGGCUCCGGAUGUCGAUCACCCUCACUUGGAUCUGACCUUACGUUUGCUACCAGGACAGGCUCUCGGCAGGGCAUUGAGAUGCAUCUCUUCCGGGUGGAGACGCAUCGGGAUCUAUCGACCUGGACCCGGAUACUUGUUCAGGGUUGCCAUGCUGCUGCUGAGCUGAUCAAGGAAGUCUCUCUAGGCUGCACGUUAAAUGGCCAAGAGGUAAGACUCACUGUCCACUAUGAAAGUGGGUUCACUAUCUCCAGGGAAAAUGGAGGUUCCAGCAGCAUAUUGUACCGCUACCCCUUCGAAAGGCUGAAAAUGUCUGCUGAUGAUGGCAUCAGAAAUCUGUAUCUGGAUUUUGGUGGUCCUGAGGGAGAACUGACCAUGGACCUGCACUCCUGUCCGAAGCCGAUAGUAUUUGUGUUGCACACAUUCUUGUCGGCCAAAGUCACUCGCAUGGGACUGCUUGUAUGAGCAGCAAAAAAAUCAGUAAAGAGCCUUGAAUGUCACAAGAAGUAUUUCCACCUCAAAAAAAAAAAAAAAGCACAAAAAGAAAGCUCUUUGCUCUCUCCUCCAGCACAGUGCCUUGACAAGGACCUACAAAUCACUGCUGAACUGUAACCAUGUUUAAAGAAGAGCUUGCCUUUUUCAAACUACCUUGCCAGAAAUUCUAGGACUCUAGAAAAUUGUUGAGAAUCUGGUGGGCUUCCAUGUGUAGAGUGGAAAGGAGCUGCAUAGUAGUGCCCCCUCGUUCCGAUGGACACUCCUCGUGCCCUCGGGAACCGGGGCUUAGACGUCUUCUCCACAUUCCACACAGAGGCCUACGAGCAGCCAAUUGGUGUGUGAAAAUUCUUCCUCCUCAUUCUCUAAAACGUCUCCGCUCCCUCUCCCCCCGGAAAAAAAAAAAAAAAAAAAAAAGGAAAGGAAGAAAAGGCUCAAUUAUACUUUUUCUGGAAAAGGUGAGUCCUUUCCUGAAGUCUUCAAACAAAUCUUACCUGGAAAUUAGUAUCUAAUAUUUUAUAUGAAGAAAUACUUUAAUGUAUGUUUAUACAGUAUUUAUUAGGUAGUUGUAACUAUAAACUCAGCUACCUAGUAGAGUUUCAGAUUAAAUAUUGGGACAUGUACAGGAAUCAAAAAUACUACUUUAAAUGGCAUUCAUCUAUUUUAAAGCCAUGUUUUAGCACUUUUUAGGCUAGCUAAAGUCUGAUAGUGCUUGUUUUUAUCAUCUGUACUCUCACAAAGUUUGUUAUUGACAAUUAUUGCAUGCAGGAGGGAUCAAAUUAUUUAUUAUAUUUUUAUAAGUGGAAAAAUCACUCUAACCAACAAAUGAUUAAAGUUGUUACUGAUUAUUUUCUUAAUUUAUCCUCCUAACAGAAUGGUAACAAAGCUUUUUUCAGCUGAUUAAAUGCACUUAGCUAAUAAACCAAAAUUUACUCUUUAAAAAAAAUUUAAACUGUGUGGAAUCUGGACAAGACUAUGUUUCUCCUAGAAAAAACACAUUUCAUUGUAAAUGGUUUUGAUGGAUAAAAGUGUGUCCACUUUUGAGAAAAGAUUAUAAUGGAUUUUUUUAAUUUUGAGAGAACCUCCAGGUCUCCUUGUUUAAUUUAUAUCCAUAUUUUUAAUUCAAAUUAUCAUGUAAGCUGCUAUGCAAAAUCUAUUAGAAGCCCUACUUACUCAAAGAGUUAAACAUAUUUGAAGCUUUCAGGGAAGACCUGUAGACUUAAGCACUUUCUCUGCUUAUUUUGUAUCUUAGACACUUAUGCUGAAUUAUGUUCUUAUUAUUUUCACUGGUUAUAAGCUAUUGAUUGUACAUAAUAUUUAAACCAUCCAAAUAUCUAGCAUACAUUUUCAUGUCGCUGCCAUCCAUUGUUGACGCCAUGAAUGAAAUGGCUGGUUAGAAAGCCAAAGGUCGUUUUCUUUCAAUAUCCAAUGAAGUAAAAUGCUGGAUCUCUUUGGUCUCAAAGCAUAUUGAGAUCUGCAUAUCUGUGUAAGGAAAAGAGACUUCUUUGGGAUUCUGCUUAAACUUUAAGUUGAAUUUGAUUAUAGUCAUAUUCAUUUGUUUUAUAUAUCUCUAUCACGUAUAUUACGUGCCAGGUGGUAUUAUAUCCUACCUUGAGAUUGGAAAUCUCUUUCAUUUAAAUUUGAAUUCUUAUUGUGGCUUUUUUUUUUUCUCCAUUAGAUCAAAGUAGAGGACUCUGACAUCUGCUACCAUUCUCUCUGUGUCCCUAUUUUAAUUUUUUGAUAAUCUACAAUUAUUUUGUUAUAUAUACUGUCUUUAAAAACUGACAGCAGCAGUCCCCCAACCCCUGCCCCCCUUUUUAAGCUAUAUAUUUCACUGUGCUGGGCAUAGAGACACUCAAUAAAUGUGUGAUGACAGACAAUUCUAAAAUAAUUAUGCUGUAUAUCAGGAUUAUGUGUUUUGAGCAAUAUAGCUAUUACUAUGGUAUAAGGAUAUUCAGUGAAAUUUAUUUUAUACUAGUAAUAGACUACUUAAGUGGUUGAUUUGAAACCCUUUCUCUAAAGCACACACAUACACACAUCUAGCAGAUCAGUGAUAAUUUCAAGUUAAAGUAAGGUACAAUUAAUAGACAAUAGAACACGUCUCUUUUUGACACUAGUUAAACUGCCAACUGGAAGAAUGGUUGUUGUGUAUUAACUUGAAAAAUAUUUUAACAAGAUUUCUUCUUUUAUAAACUUGAUAAACGUGAGCUUAAUUUCUUGUCACCUCUAUUCUUCCUUUCCAUUUUAGGUGACUGAACCAAAGCAUAUUCUGGUUUUAAAAGUGAAUCUACAUUUGAUAUAAUGCAUAAAUAUGCUGUUUGUAAAUGAUUGCUUGCUCUCCAAUGAACAUUUGAUUGUAGUCAACAAAAAUCUACCAAAUGAACUGUAAUCCUUGAAUUGCCACAAAAUAGAUUAGUUGAAACUAAAAGGAUAUAACAGAGAAAUGAUACUUCAUUUUAUUGUAAGAUUAGGUAUUGUGGUAGAUUUCUAACUUCUGAGUCCUGUAAGUACUUUACUCAGUUUUGUAAUAAUCUUACUUCCCUGCCAUUGACACAAAUGCAAAAGUUUUUGAGUCCCUCUUUAUCCUAGUCACAUGUACACCUUUGGAACCUGAUUAUCACCUCUUCCAAAGUGAUAGAAGUCUCUUACGAAUAGACAAAAGGUUCUUUGGGACCCUAGAGAAAUUUUUGAAACUGCAAACCUAAUUAAUGAUAUAUUAAUUCAUGGAUUCUUUCAUCUAAUAAGCAUUUAUUAAUGUACAGUUCUGCACAGGCACUCUGAAAGGUCCAAAAGAAAGUUCCUGCCCUCAAGUAGCACAUAAUCCAUUACUUCUCAAUCACACCAUGCCAUCUAUUUAUCAGUCAGAGGUUAAGUAAUUAACCACCUCAUAUUUUUACCAAAGCAUAUCUGCAGUUCUGCUUAUCUGGCAAAUUGGAAAAUAUUUAAAAGGAUGCUCAGUCUUUGAUCCAUGCUAGCAUGAAAGAACUCCAAGCACAUUUUAGUAGGUUGGUCUUUUCAUCAUGCAUCAUUUUUUAAUUCAAAAUCAGGCUUUAGUUUGUGAAGGAGACUAGUGUAGAAUAUCCUUAGUAAGAUAAAUUACAACGACGACAAAAAGUUAGCUCUAUUGCCCAAAGUGGAUCAAUGAGAAAGUCUUUUUAAAGAAAAGUUUCUUUUAACUGUAAAGAGAAAAGGUAAAUGUAUAUUUCAUCUACCCACUUUAUAGAUUGUGCUGACCCAGUCAUUUUCACAUUUGCAGCCUUUAAACAUCUCAUUUGCUGAAAGUCCUUACAUGUGGUAGAUGGACUGUUGCUCCAUUUGAGAGAUCAAAAUAAUGAAGAUAUUUAAAACUUAGCAAAAUUCCACUUAUUCUAGAACACUCAGACAUUCAAACUCAGUAGAAAGGGCACCUAAAAAAAAAUAAGAGCAGUUGUGUGAAUUUUUCCAUAUUUUCCUUCAGUAACAGUCCCUUUCCAUCUAGCUUGCCUUCCAUCUAUCACUAGAGGCAGCCUUUCAGGCAACAUCCUUUGUCAUGCCCAGAAAGGCCCUGAGAGGUCAGUGAUUGGAAUGGCUUAGGGAACACAGUCUCAUGGGCUCCUUCCCCUUGGUUUUCAGUCCUGGAGUUGUGCACACAAAUUAGGUCAUGCCUUCAAUGUCUUGGUCUUUACUUUAAACCUGCCCUUUGACAAUCAGGUGCUAAUGAUUGUAUACUAUUGGAACCAGCACAUAAGUAUUGUCAUGUUAAGUGUCUGUUCCUCCUAGGUUGGAAGAAGUGCUUUCCUUCUAUCUCAGUCCUGUUCAGGUGGGUGUCAGUUACAUUUUUUCACCUCUGUUUUGUGAAUUAACAGAAUUUGGAGGAGGAGAAAUGAUCUAAACUAAGUUUUGGGUUUGGCAGGAUCAUCAGUCUUGAUGAUACUCUUCACACCUUAAAGCAAACCUGCCCUAUCAUAAGAACCAAUUUCUGAUUGUUUUUCUCUAGUUAGGACUCCAGUGUUAUGUUUACAGUCUGUUGGAUUGGAUUCAGCGUGAUAAGACCUGGGUGCCCAAAGAAUCUGUUUCCCUUGUGGUACCAGACCCAAGGUCCUUUAGAAAAUAAUGUGGCAAACCACUACCUAUAAAGGCCUGUUUUGGCUAAUCUGUGCAAACUUUUAUUAUACCCUCUUGUAUGUAUUCUGUCCUACGCAACUCUCAUUUUUUCAAGUAUUAAGACUUAGAAAGCUAGGAUGACACUUCUACAAAGAAUUAGAAGUAUGUGAUAAUCUAGUGUUUUCCUUCCUUUUGGAACCCUGUAUUUAAACAAGACUUCUUUUUAAGUGUUGUUUAAAAUUUAGGUCUCAAGUCUUCUGGCAUCACCAGACUACCAAAUCAAAACCCAUGGCAUAAAACAGGGCAGUAUUUGUGUUCGUAAUAAUAAGCUUUAUGUGUACUGUGUAAGUAUAAUGCAUAGACAACACUUUCCCUUGAGUUGCACAUCAACAUAGAGCAUUGUACAUUACAAUGAAAUUUGCAACUUAAGGGUAUUAUAUAUAUAAAUACAUAUAUACCUUUGUAACCUUUAUACUGUAAAUAAAAGAACUGCUUUUA